CGAAUCACAGUGAAGGGUUAAUUUCACAUACGAUACGAUAUUUCCUUCUCUUCUCAAGUACGAGUAAAGCAAGAGACAGGCGAUGAAGGGAUUAUAUCUAAUCGCCAUCGCCUUUCUGGUCCAGACGGUGAUCGCCGUAAAUGAGAUAAAUGAGACCAGUUUUGUGGCAGCAGACGCAUGUCCGGCGAGAGACACUUACCCGCCGAAAUUGAUAGUUGCAAAGGGUUGCACUCAAUACUACGAAUGCAGCAAGGGCCAAAAAGUCUUGAAAGAUUGUGAGGAGGGCUUACACUUUAGUCAAACAUGGAAUGGCUGCGUUAAGCCCGCGAUAUCGGAUUGCGACGAUGAUAAUGAUGAUGACGACGACGAUGAAUGCGAUGAUGAUAUCUUAUAUCCACACGAGUGCAAAUGCUAUAAAUUCUAUGAAUGUAAAAAUAAUCGAAAGAUUCUGCACGAAUGUAAGUCAGGACACUAUUUUGACGAAAACGAGCAACGUUGUGUUCCAGGAAAGAAUUGCAAGCCAAACCCAAAACCCGAGUGCAAACCCGACGGCAAAUAUUUCCCUCACGAAUGCAAAUGCACUAAGUACUACGUAUGCAAAAACGGUCGGAAGGUCCUGCGCGAAUGUAAGAAAGGGUAUCACUUUGAUAAAUACUCGUCGAAGUGCAAAAAAGGUGCUUGUUGUCCGCCGUCGGUUUGUACUGACGGAGAAAAGAAGAAGCACGAAUGUUCCUGCGCGAACUACUACAGAUGCAAAAAUAACGAGUGGGUCCUUAAGAAUUGUACGAAAAAUCAAAAUUUCGAUCCUGACCUUCAGACAUGUACGGCUAAAGAAGUUCCUGGUUGCAAACCACCACCACUAAAACCUGGCGCCUGUUCAGAAGAUGAUUCUACGAAAUGGUCUCACGAGUGCGACUGUAGAUUGUAUUAUAAAUGUAAAAAUAAAAAGAAGACAAUACAGGAAUGUGAUUGGGGAAAAUAUUUCGAUGAUGAAAAUGAGAUAUGCAAAAUAGCGUCAACAGUUAAAUGUGAAAACGAUUGGGACAAUUGGGUAUAAAUAACCAUCAAUUUCGGAGAGUAAAAAGAGAAGCUGAAAAUAUAACGAGUACGAAGAGCAAAUUACAAUGCCUGUUAGAAAUAUGUUACUAUUGUAAUUGUAGGAGUAGAUUAUUUUGCUAUAAAAUUUUAACAAAUCUAUAUAUAUAUAUACAUAUGAGAUACAAUCGUAUCUCAUAUGUAUAUGAAUUGAAAGUGAUAAUUUGUUAAGGAUCGACGAUCCUUUGAUCCCAAAUUAUGUACACAAAUUAUCACUUUCAAUUCAUAUACAUAUGAGAUUUAUGUAAGGAUAAAAAGAUUUUCACUUGAUAAUUUGUAUCACAAAAGAAUGAAAUUAUGUAUACAAAUUUUAAGAGAUUUUAAAUAAAAAAUUUGUCAAUAUCAAGAUUCUUUCUCAAUUAUAUUUUCAAUCAUCACGAACUUGUCAUUUCGCUUUUAAAUAAAUAUGUCAGCUUUUACGAUCAUUUCACAAUGCAUAAAAAAACAUUCCGAUUCCGGUAAUAAAAUGACAAAACUUUAUCAAGAGAAAAGUCUCGUUAUUCAUCAGCCAUACAAAAAAAGAUAUAGAAAUAAAGGUCGCAAUAUAAUAAUAUAUA